CCUGAGCUAAAAUGAGUUUGACACCCCUGAACUAGAGUAUCAAAAAUAUUGAUAUUUUGAUUUGAGAAUCGAUACUAAAACAUAAAGUUCUGGUAUUGGUGGUACCGAUAUUACAGUAUCGACUCGCACAUCGCUAUCACGAACGAACAAGCCAUCACGACUGCACUGGCCAAACACACCUAGCUAGCAAAAGAAGAGGCUAACAUUCGCUUGCGAGCAGUUCAGCAGCAGCUGGUAAAAAACACUCAAAUCUACAAAUCAAUGACAGGAACAGCGAACUUUCAAAUAUGCGCUUGGAUAUCGAUUGAAACUCGUCUAAUGUAUCCUGACUUCAUCGUCUUUUACGCUCAGUGAAAGUCCAAGUGAUCUGAAAAAGCGCAAGAACUCCAAACUGAGGGGCAAUGGACUCUGAUCGAUUGAAGCGGAGAGAGGAAAUCCAGAAAGCCAUGAGUUUUAUCCAGUCCUCACUGCCUUUCCCAGAGCCAGGGAAUUAUGAGGCGUUUCUGACCCAGUUGGUGUGUAACCUGCUGGAUGAGGGCAAUGCUUGCUUUCGGGACGGGGACUCUCGUCAGUCAACACAGCAGUACAGUGAAGGGAUCAGUGUUGCCCGCUACGCCCAGGCUGAGGCACUCAUCAUCCCUCAUGAGCUGCUGGAGAGUCUCUAUGUCAACAGGGCUGCUGCCUUCUACAAAUUGAGGGAGUUUGAACGUGGGCUUCAGGACUGUGAAAGUGCACUUAUUGUGUCUGAAGGCAGUCGCAGGGCUUUGUAUCGCAAAGCACUCUGCCUGCGAGACUUAGGACGACUCCGUGAGGCCUACGAGUGCGGUACCAAAUGUCUUCUCACUGCACCAAAUGAGAGCCAGGUGAGCGAUCUGGCCCAGGAACUUGCUAAUAAACUUGGACUGAAGGGCCGUAAAGCCUACGUCAGCCACCAGACUGAGUCCACUGCCACAGAAGGAGAGAGUCUUGGCGAGACAUCCCCACCUACCGGAGAGUUGUCCUCCAAUGGGCUGGAGUCUUUAGGUGACAUGGAACCAGCAGACAUGUCAAGUGCACAAUGCAUUCCUGCACCUUUGGCCACGCCCAUCCCGGUCAGCGACGAUCCCACAACCUCAGUCGUGACCCCGUGCACUGACCUCUCAGAGAGCCCUAGCAGCCAGUCUCUGCCGCCCAUGCCGUACUCUGUCCCCGUUUCAGAACACAUCGACGAAUGCAACAGCGUUAUCAAGGAUGAGCUUGACAGUCUCCUAGAAUGCACCCCCAAAAAAGUCAGCGAGAGUCCAGUCCAAGGCGCUAUCCCCACUAACCUUCCAAACACUGCCGUGGGCCUGCGCCCUCCUUACUCCCCCAACCUUCCAGCCCCGUCAUCCCAGCUUGCCCCUACCUUCUUCGGCACCUCCAUCAGUGACAUGCCACCCCUGGAAGCUUACUCGCCGCUGCCCCAGCGAGACCAGGGUUCCACCCAGGCGCAGGACGCUCUGGGAGGGGGCUUCUCAACUGGAGCCAUGGACGGAGACGGGAAGACCGGGGUCAUCGCUGGUGGGAUCGACUCUUUAUCGGAGUACACUCUCCCUGGGGGACGAGUGUGUCACAGCUUCAUCCCUGGGCUGCGCAACCACAGCUCUGCACAAGCAAAUGGUCCAGGAACAAACCUCUCCAUGUUGUCAAGGAAUCCUCUGGCUGGCACACAUGAGUUCCGUCAGGCCUGCCAUGCCUGUUAUAGCCGAAUAGGUCCACGUGUGAUGGACUACAAAUAUCAACCAGAGGCAGCACAUCGAUGCAAGAGGGAUGUCCUGCUGUGUCGCCUGAAAAACACAGACGACCCCACCUGGAAGAGGAUUCGGCCCAGGCCUGCACGGAACAACUUCUUAGGGGCCUUUGUUCUCUGUAAAGAGGUGCAGGAGCGCCAGGAGUGCCAGUACGGCGAGAACUGCACCUUUGCAUACUGCCAGGAGGAAAUCGAUGUUUGGACACAAGAGAGGAAGGGCGCGCUGAGCCGAGAGCUGCUUUUUGACCCCCUGGGUAGCACUGAGAGACGUGCACUUAGCGUUACCAGACUGCUGCAGCUCCACAUGGGCAUGUUUAUGUUCCUCUGUGAGGAGUGUUUUGAUAGUAAGCCCCGAAUCAUCAGCAAGCGCAGCAAAGAAAACUUGUCAGUCUGUUCAAAUCUCACAGCUCGACACCCGUUUGACGAUAACAAGUGCCUAGUGCAUGUGGUGAGGUCGGCCAAUGUGCGCUACAGCAAGGUGCGUCCCCUCCACCCGCUCUGCCAGUUUGAUGUGUGCCGCCACGAGGUUCGCUACGGUUGCCAGCGUGAGGACAGCUGCUCCUUUGCACACUCUGUCAUAGAGCUCAAAUGCUGGGUGCUGCAGCAGGACACAGGUAUAACCCAUGAAGAGAUGGUUCAGGAGUCCAAAAGACACUGGCAAAGGCUGGAACAGAAUGCACAGAAGCAACAGAGGCCCAUCCAUAUUCCACACCCAAGCAGCAGCCUAUCGAUCGGAGGAAUGGGAGGCGGCAAUGUAGGAGACUGCAUGGGCGGUGGCAUCCACUCCAUGGGAAGCCUGGGUGCGUUGGGAGGCGGCCCGCCCAGGGGUCGUCCGCUCAACCUCAAAAUGAAGUUUGUGUGCGGCCAAUGCUGGAGGGAGGGUCAGGUGAACGAGCCUGACAAGAAUCUUAAAUACUGCACUGCCAAAGCAAGACACAGCUGGACGAAGGAGCGUCGGGUCUUGCUGGUGAAAUCCUUUGAAAAGAAGAAAUGGGUUGUUGUUCGUCCUCUCCCAUUCUCACGCACCUAUCCACAGCAAUAUGACAUGUGUGUGCAUGUGAUGAAGCAGAAAAAGUGCCACUAUAUUGGCAACUGCUCGUUUGCCCACAGCCUGGAGGAGAGGGACGUCUGGACGUACAUGAAGAACAACAGUUUGAGAGACAUGCAACAAAUGUAUGAGCUGUGGCUGCAGCUCACCAAUCAGAAUAGACGCACAGACAGUUCGACAGUGACCCCGCCCCCCGAUGACAAGCAGGUCACCAUAACAGCAGAUUACAGCGAGAGCAUGGGAGGCCGGCGGUUGUCCGAUGGGGACGACCUCUGAGACUCCAGUCGGCUGAUCGUUGUCAACAGACACCAGAGCAGCCGGCCCCACCAGCUACAACUGAACAGUCUGUCAUCUUGCCAGUUUAACCUCCUAACAGCCAGCCAGCCGGCCGUAUGGGAGCUGAUGUAACAAAUACAACACACAAACACACACUUGUAUUACAUAUUUACGCCACUCAAUAACCGUCAAUCAGUACUUGGAGGAAGCUUUGUUUGUUUCAGCAGCAUCUUCCUUUAUGUUCCCCAUGAGUCCCUUUGUACUGUAGGUAUGAUAAGUAUGAUCAUGAUAACAUGCUAAAAAUUGUGUCCACCAGGCACCUCCUUUUUAUGAGGUUAUUUUUUUGUUUUUAAAACCUCGCAGCAAAAAGCAAUUCUUGAAUGAGCACGCUGGCCGUGGUUCUCAUUGUUCAAUUGGAAAAAAGUAUCAUGUAAAAUGGAGCUCUUAUGCUAAAAGUUGACAUUUUGACCGAGAAGUGCCAAAAUAAAAGCUCCUAGUGUUGUUAAUGGCUAUUUAAAAGAAGGCCCUGGUGGACACUCCACACUCGUACAGCUGCAUUACAGUAAAUCCUUUGCUAUCGGCAGUGGUUACAUUCCGGGACCACAAAUAAUCGAAUAAUGGACUUACACAAUAGAAGCCCUUUUAAAAAAAUGCCUAUUUGUGAUACCAUAGUCUCUCAGUUAUUAAAUGCAUGUUAACAUUAAGUUAAACACAUUAACAAAUUAAUACCUGCAUAUGAUGUAAAGCAUCUUCCUGCUGGAAAAUAUUGAAUGUAUUUGACUUGUGAGACAGUGCCCUCUGUUGGAUUCAUAUAGAUAGAAGAUAGUGCCAUCAAACCACAUUCUAUUUAGGCCACUAUUCACUCUUUUUUUAUUUUAAAGAAAUCCACAAAUACGCGGGGGCAAUGAAUACCAAACCAUAAAUAGGUGUGGGAUCUACUGUACAACCAAUAACAGCAAGAGUGUCAAAAUAUUUUAACAGGAAUGUGUGCUUCCUCAUAUCGUCUGCCAUAUUGGUAGAGCAGUUUGAAUGUAAUGCCUGCACGAGCCUUUAAAAUGGGGGGAGGGAACUGUAAUUGAUCUAAAAUUAUGCUGUUGUUGUAAGAGGUAUGUAAGUCUUCUUACAUUUCCAAAAUCGUGAGCAAAAUAAUGGUCCUCUUACGCCCCUUUUCCACUUUGUUUUAAAUUCCUCCCGGCAUAUGCACUUAAGUAACGUACAUAGUGCUAAUGGCUGAAGCAUACAAAGAAUCAUGACAUAAAAAAUGGAAUACUUUAAUCGGACUGAAGCAACGUGUCAAGCCCCCAGGCAGAAUAUUCUGUUGUUAUACUUUAAGAAAAGCGACAUAGGCUAACUAGCCUGAGCUGAGAAGCAUUCCUAGAAUAAUUGAAUUGAAUAUUGAAAUUAUAUUUUCUUGUUGAUUGUGAUUUUGAACAUUAAGGCAAGUUCACACGCCUUCAGUCCUAUUGGGGUAAAUAUUUCCUCACAUCCACCCAAAUAUCAUCUGUGGUCCCGAUGGCCGAACAAAGAACAACUUUCGGGGUACCACACAAUUUUUUUUGUGCCAAUGAGCAACAAACACACGCAGGAUAUCUACCUGCCAUCUCAUUCAUGCCUUUAAUAUGCAUACAGACACAAGGGACGUAUGCCUAUACAAUGUUGAUACACACACAUACACACAACAUAUUUACAUAUAAUGCUAUACUACUAAUAAUAAAUGAUAACUUAGCAAUUAAGCUUAAUAAAUAUAUAACCUGACAAACCUG